CUGAUUUCUGACACAUUGUCUGCAACAGGUUACUGUUUGCAACCGGUUACCUUCUUAUCCCUUCCUUCUUCCAUUCCAUGGGAUUCAAAUUUGUCUGCCUCAAAGCCAUUGUCUCUCUUUCUUUACCCCUACUCCCACUCCCACGCUCCCACUCUCACUCACGUCCACUCGGCAGCAACUUCCGUUCCCAUCUCAUCUUGGUCCUCUAACGCUCUUCCCGUUUCAAAACUCGAACAAUCCCAGACUCAUCUCUGAGCCUCUGUGGCCAAAAUCCAGACAUGGGCUGCCUUCUACAUGUUCUCUUUCUCCUUUUCUUCAGUCUAAGGAGCAGACCAAUAGUUUGUGAAAAUAUCGAGCUGAGAGCUCUCAUGGCCAUCAAGGCCAGUCUCGACCCGCGCUGCUUGUUCCUCUCCUCCUGGACCAAUGAUUCUGAUCCAUGUAGUGGCUCCUUGGAGGGUGUUGCGUGCAAUGAGCGUGGCCGUGUGACCAAUAUAUCACUGCAGGGUAAAGGGCUUUCAGGGGAGAUACCUGCAGCCAUUGGUGAGCUCAAGAGCUUAACGGGUCUUUACUUGCACUUCAACUCUUUGUAUGGAGAAAUACCCAAGGAAAUUUCGCAUUUGUCUGAGCUUACUGAUUUGUAUCUCAAUGUGAAUAAUCUGUCUGGGAGUAUUCCACCAGCGAUUGGGAAUAUGUCUAAUCUUCAAGUUUUGCAGCUCUGUUACAACAAGUUGAGUGGGAACAUACCUACUCAGCUGGGAUCUCUGCAGAAGCUAAGAGUUCUCGCUCUGCAGUAUAAUCAAUUAACUGGUGCAAUUCCUGCCAAUUUGGGGGAUUUGGGGAUGUUAACAAGGUUGGAUUUGAGCUUUAAUGGCCUUUUUGGCUCUAUACCUGUGAAAGUGGCUAAUGCUCCUGCGCUACUAGUUCUAGAUGUUCGAAACAAUAGUCUCUCCGGCAGUGUUCCUUCUGCUCUGAAGAGACUAGUUGAUGGAUUCCAGUACAGAAACAAUCCAGGCCUUUGUGGAGGUGGGUUUUCUUCCUUGGAAGUUUGUCCGGCUUCUGAUAAUCUAAACCCGAACAAACCUGAACCAUUGGGACAAGGAUCAACAGGGUUUGUCGCAAAAAAUAUUCCGGAAUCAGCAAAUUUCCGCCAGAAUUGUAACAGGACCCAUUGUUCAAGUCCAUCAAGAAGUCCACAAAUUGCUGCCGUCAUUGGAGCUAUUGGAGUGAUUAUUGCAUUGACAACUACAGGACUCUUUGCAUUCCUAUUGUAUCGCCGUCAAAAACAGAAAAUCGGGAGCGCUCUUGAUACUUCUGAUAGUCGGCUUAGUACUGACCAGGUCAAGGAGGUCUGCAGGAGGAGCUCCUCUCCCCUCAUCAGUUUAGAAUACUCCAGUGGGUGGGAUCCGCUUGCUAAGAGACAGAGCGGAAAUGGUUUUUCGCAGGAAGUUUUUGAAAGUUUUAUGUUCAAUUUAGAAGAUGUCGAAUCUGCAACUCAGUACUUCUCCGAGGUGAAUUUGCUGGGUAAAGGUAAUUCCUCUGCAAUAUACAAGGGAAUUCUGAGAGAUGGAUCAGUUGUUGCUGUUAAAUGCAUUGCCAAGACAAGCUGCAAGUCUGAUGAAGCUGAGUUCUUGAAGGGGUUAAGGAUUUUGACCUCGCUGAAACAUGAAAAUCUUGUUAGAUUGAGAGGGUUUUGCUGUUCAAAAGGCAGAGGGGAGUGUUUUCUAAUUUAUGAUUUUGUGUCAAAUGGAAACUUGUUGCAGUAUUUGGAUGUGAAGACUGGCAGUGGAAAGGUUCUGCACUGGUCUGCCAGAGUUUCUAUCGUUGGUGGCAUUGCCAGAGGUAUUGCCUACUUGCAUGCAAACAAAGGAAAGAAGCCUGGUUUGGUUCACAAAAAUAUAUCCGCCGAGAAAGUCCUCAUCGAUGAACGAUACAUUCCCUUGCUUUCAGAUUCUGGCCUUCACAAUCUCCUGGCAGAUGACAUUGUCUACUCCACUCUAAAGUCCUGUGCGGCAAUGGGUUACCUAGCUCCCGAGUAUGCAACAACUGGCCGGUUCACGGAGAAGAGUGACGUGUAUGCAUUUGGCAUGCUAAUUUUUCAAAUCCUUGCUGGGAAACGUAAGAUAACACUCUUGACCUGUCAAGCGGCGGAGUUAUGCAGAUUUGAUGAUUUUAUUGACAUGAAUCUUGAGGGAAAAUUCUCAGAAACGGAAGCAGCUAAGCUAGCAAAAAUUGCUCUGCUUUGCACUCAUGAGUCUCCUAUCCAAAGACCUGCAAUUGAAAAUGUGAUGCAAGAGCUGAGUGAUUUGACUGAUGGUUCUUGAUUUUAAUGUUGAGUUCUUGCCUCCAUUUUCAAAUGACAGAGGUGAGAUAUGGCCAUUGCUAAACACUUUAACCGAUGCUAAAGCUCUUGGCAUAUGUAUUUUGGUGUAUUGUCAUUCGUGGGCAGAAGAGUUGGAAUCAAAUGCUGUGAUGGACAUGCUUUCAAUUGUUGGUUGUAUUGAGGCUCUGAAUGAUGGUAAAACUAUCAAAAUUUGUUUCCUUCA